UCUCCCUAUAAAUUUAAAAUAAAAGAAGACUAUAAAUUGGAGUGAGGUUGCAAUCAAAUGGGUUAAGGGAUAAAAAAAGGUUGAGAUAUCAAAAAUGAAUGCUUGUUGUUGAGUGCCUGAGAUUCAGGAGGCACUAAGGAUAGUGCACUAUAAACUGCUUUUAUGAUUAAAUAUAUAACAGCAAUUAUGAAAGUUACAAAGUACAUAGAUGGCGUUUCCCAUUGGUGGGGGUCUCAUGUUUUUUCUUUUCUUUUUGUUUACUUUCAUUUUGGUUUACAGAGGGAGGCCAUCCUUGGGAUUAUCAUUAUGAUUAUCAUAAUUAUUGAUCAUCAUUAUCAAAUAUUAUCAAUUCCCCGUGGCUCUUAGAUAAGCCAAAAGUCAUGAAGGACAGAGAUGUGUACCAUGCAAUCAUGAAGGCGGCCGUUGAGUUUAAGUGGUAAAUGAAAGAUAGCAAAAACAAAGUAAUGCGGCCUUUUCUUUUCAUAUAUUUUCUAUGGAAUUCGUGUCCUCUGUUUGGCUUUCACUUUCCUCAAUAAAGUAAGAGAAUCUUGAAACUCGGGACAAUAACAUUACCUCCAUUUCAUCAUUUUCUGUUAAAUACCCCAAAUGAACUCCCUCCUUCCCUCAGGAGCUGGGUCUCUGUUUCUUUCAGUAAAUGAGCAUUUAAAGACUGAAGGAAUAAGUCAUGCUCAUCUCUCUUAAUUCAGACAGUGAAAUGAGCUCAUGCUUAGCAAAAUGUUCAUCAACUCGGCUAGAAAACAUAGAUGAAAAUGGCCCUCCAAGUUGGUUACCAGGUUCAAGUGUUCUACCUGAAACUCCAAUCGAGUCCAUGGAGUACCUUGGCAGAUCUUGGAGUCUUUCUGCUAAAGAGCUCUCCAAGGCACUUUCCACUGCCCAUGAUGAACCAAGUCAUCUUCAAAGUUCUGUGGUUGGAUUUCUUAGUGUUGAACCAAAUGAUUCAAAAUCCACGGUCUUGAGGGAACCGCUACUUCGGCACUUACCCAGUGGAGACAGUCCUCCAGCUUCACCAAGAGGAAGUGACGAAAUGAAGGAACUGUUGUUACUUCACCAAGCGUUGAACCCAGAGUUCUUUUCCAACCAGCAACUGCUUGGAAAUGGGCUAUAUAAGAGCAUAUUAAGAGGAAAUAAAACACUGGGAAGGUGGAUGAAGGAUCAAAAGGAGAGAAAGAAGCAGGAAAUCAGAACACAGAAUGCUCAAUUACAUGCAGCUGUAUCUGUUGCAGGUGUUGCUGCCUCAGUAGCAGCAUUUAUAGCAUCACUCGUGUCACGAGAAACAUCAUCGGGUAAUCAGAACUGGCCAUUAAAGACAUCAGCAGCCAUAGCUUCUGCAGCUGCUCUAGUUGCAUCUCAUUGCAUAGAGAUGGCAGAGGAAAUGGGAGCCAGCCAUGAUCAUAUCUUGAAUGUAGUUAACUCUGCAAUCAAUGCUAAAACUAAUGGAGAUAUAAUGACCCUUACAGCAGGAGCAGCUACAGCUUUAAGAGGAGCUGCAACCCUCAGGACGAGGCUUGAGAAAGGGUUGGGAGCCACAAACUUUGGGGUGGGUGAGGAUAAGGUUGAAGAAGAAGGGAAAGAAUCAAACGUCUUGUUAGCAAUCAGCUAUGUUUCCAGAGGAGGAGAGCUUCUCAAACGCACAAGGAAAGGGAUUCUUCACUGGAAGCAAGUGUCUUUCAACAUAAAUUCAAAUUGGCAGUCGAAUAUGUCUACAGGUUGUGGCAAAAUUGAAAAGCAGGUAUAUGGCAGGAACAUUUACAAAAAACAAAAAAUUUAUAAUCUCGGGUGUAAACUGCGACGUUGCAGCAUGGCCAGGGCGGGAAAGGGAAAGGGAAACGGAUGGAGAGCAGCAGAGGGCAUACUUCGGAAUUGUAACAACAGAUAGAACAAUAGAGUUUGAAUGCAGUGGGAAAGGAGAAAAACAAAUGUGGAUUGAGGGGAUACAAUAUAUGAUGAACUUUCGUGCUUACGUGAAAUGAUUCUGACCUUAAAAUUUAGACUUUACUUACUUUCAAACAUUGAAAUAAAAUGAAGCUGCUUUAUAUA